AGCUCCGGUUCCGGCGCGCCGCGCGCACGUGGGGCGGAGCGGGGCCGGCACCGGGAGCGGGAACGGGAGCGGGAACGGGAGCGGGAGCGGAGCGGGGCCGGCGCGGCGCCAUGGGAGAGUUCGAGGUGCACCGGGUGCGGUUCUUCGGGCUGGUACCGGCGGGGGUGCGCUGCCUCGCCUGCCACCCCCGCGGCGCCCGCCUGGCCCUGGCCCGCACCGACGGCACCGUCGAGGUGUACAACUUCGCCGCCAACUACUUCCAGGAGAAGGUGAUCCCGGGACACGAGGAGCGCUCGGUGGAGUCGCUGUGCUGGGCGGCGGGGGAGCGGCUCUUCGGGGCCGGGCUCGGCGGGGACAUCACCGAGUUCGAUCUGUCCCGGCUGAGCGCGGCCCGCGGCACCGACGGCGGCGGGGGACCCAUCUGGAGCAUGGCGGCCAACGGCAGCGGCGAGCAGCUGGCGAUCGGCUGCGAGGACGGCUCCGUGAAGAUCUUCCAGGUGGUUCCUGGGGGGAUCCAGUUCGAGCGGAACCUGGACAGGCGGAAAGGCCGUGUCCUGUGCCUGUCCUGGCAUCCCUCGGACUCUCCCCGUUUUCCCACGCAGCGACGCCUCGUCUCCUGCGCCAGGAAAGCCCGGCUGCUUCUCUUCCAGUUCUCCCAGCACCUGGAGCUUUGGAGGCUUGGCUCCACGGAGGAGACCGGAAAGGACGGCGAGGUCCUCCCCUUGUGCCGGAUGCCCGAGCACCUCGUGCAGCUCAAGAGUAAGGGCCCGGAGCACAUCUACUGCAGCUGYGUCUCACCCUGCGGCACCUGGCUGGGUUAUUCCACCGCCUCGCGCUUCCAUCUGUACCGCGUGCGCUGCGACGGGGACGGCGUCAGCCUCAGGAAGGUCCCCAAAGUGCCCAAGCUGCUGCCCCCAGCCUACCAGCUGCAGUUCUCCGCUGACUCCGACAGCCUCUUCGUCGCCUCGGCCCGAGGCUCUGUCCACGUUCUGCAGCUGCUGGAGCCGGGCGGCUGCAAACUCCUGCACACGCUGCGGCCACCCUCAGGAUUCCCUUCUCCUGCCCUGCAGCCCCUGCUCUUCAUGGAUCUGCUGGAUGAGAACUGCCUGGUUGUGGUGGAACGACCCAUCAUGGACUUCAAAACCCAGCUGCCAAUGCCUGUCCAACAGAAGAAAUUUGGCACCUGAGAGCGGAAGAAGCCGCUCCAACCUUGGGAACUGUCUCUGUGCUGCCUUCCUGGGGCACUGUAGGAAUUUUCUUAGGGUGCUGUAGGAAUAAAACCUCACUGUUGUGUA